CCUUCACCCUCCUCCCCCCUCACUGCUCCCCGCGCCUUCAGCCAAUCGGAGCGCGCCGCUCUCUCGCUCCGCCAAUGGGCGCCAAGCUCCGUCUGUUGCUAGGCGGGGCCGGGGCAGAGCGGCCGCGGCGCGCGGGCGGGCGGGGCCGCCAUUUGAAUCCCCUCACGAAGGGCAGCGUGGGUCCGGCUGUGGGGCUUUGUCCCGCCCGGCUCGACCCGUCCGCCGGGUACCGCCCGGGGGUCCCCGGGCUCCCCUCCACAGCCCCCGGGUUCCACUCCACAGCCCCGGGACACACUGCCAGCAACCCCCUCCGCUCAGCCCCGCUCGGGAAUUAGCACAACAAAAGGUUGUGGGACGCCCGCGCCAGCUGCCGCUUGGGGCUUCAAUGAUGUAAAAUAAUUCACGCACACACACACAAAAAAAAAGGAAAAACGCACAAAAACACACACACAUCCCGCGGCUGUGCGAGGGGAUUCAGCGAACAAAGAGUAAAAUCCGGCCCCUCAGAGAUCCCGCAGCGCUCUGGUGUCAGAGGGUUCACUGAGCCAAUUCCACACACCUGCGCUUAGUUAAACUAUUUAAUGUUUAAAUUUAAAGUAUUAAAAAUAGCGUAGAGGGAUUUUUUUAUUUCGUGUCAAAAUACAGGGAAAAGCUUCCGCGGGUUUAAACUGCUGCUGUGGGAAAGCAAAGCCCCUGGCAGCAGCUGCAGUUCAUGUUUAUAUUCACAUCCUCUUACUUAACCUCAAAGUAUAAUUUUACACCAAAACCCACAAGAUUUGGCCUUUACAAUUAUAGGGUGAAUGAAUAUUAAAUAUAUGUUAAAAAUUUGCAGGUUUAAGAGUGCUCCCUGCCCACUGCUGAGGGGCCAGUUGAGCACUGUACACCACAUUAAGGGCCAAAAAAAAGGAAUUUCCAAAGAAAAUGGAAAAGAACUAACUCAGUUCCAACACCACCAGAUCAAAGCAGUACUUAAAACCAACACAUGAACAUUCAGAUUUUUUUAUUUUGAGGUACAGACAGACCCCUUGGGUUCCUUGAGUUACCCUGCAUUUUUAGCUACAGAAUGGAAAAAACUACUCUUUCCUCUUUUAUCCCCAAAACAUCUAAACCAAAAGUGUUUCCUUACUGACCAGCACCUGGUGUUACGGGGCUGUGACCCACUCCAGGGUCUUCAGGCACUACCAGGAUAAUGUAAAGAAGUUUGUAUUUGUUAUGCAGUUAUUAAAAAACCCCAUCAGAUGUUUAAAUACAUGAGAUGUGUUGACAUACCCAAGCACCGACCUUUGUUCAUAUUCUUUAUCGUAUGUUUGCACAAACCAAGCUGAAAUUACUUUGUUUUCCUCCCUUUGCUUUGGAUUUUUUGGCAUAAUGUUAUGGCUGAGAUCCUUGUAGCAGCUUUCAUUUUAGAUAGAAGACAACAAUAUCUGUUGUAACCAAACCCUUAAGCCUUGAAAUUCCACUGAUUAUCUCAAGCAACUCUCCUAUAAUGCACAUCAGCAGAUUUUUUGCUUUGGUUCUAUCUUUAGUUUAUUUCUGCUGAAACAAUCUCAUCUCAGUUUUCAAGUCAGGACAUGUCACUGGGAUUAAGAAACAGUAUUUUACAGGCUGCAAACGUGCUCCCUUGUCCGGGGAGCAGAACAUCCGUGUGCUUUUCAAUCCAGAUCAAGGAUGACACAAGGUCUGGCAGUUUUUCCUCACUAUCUUUGAGAAUUCAAAAAACAUCUCGUCUUUCAGAGCUGGUUUCGGGGUCGGGCUGACACAUUUAGCCUGACAGGAGCAGGAAAUGUCAAGGAUAAACCAGUGCUGUACUUGUGCAGGGACUGUUCUGCUGAAACACACUGGGAACCCGGUGACUGCAGCAAGUUGUGUUGUUCAGAGUUCAAAAAUACACAAAGGGGUAUUUUUUAAAUCAAAAGGACGGGCAGUCCAGAAUAUCCCAAACACCACAAUGCCCAAAUUGCAAAGUUACCCAUUUUUUACACUUCAGCUGUUGAAGCCUUGGGCUGGUUUUCAGUCUUGCAAUGGAAGAAAAGGAGAUAUUCCCAGAGCCAUGGUAACCUUGGCAGGGACAGAAGCUCUCAAAUCCCUGCCGUGUCCUGAAGACACAGCACAGACUGAAUCCAGGGUUCAGUCCCCCUUAUCAUCAAAAUCUGAGAUUCCUUCAAGAGAAGCUACUUCGCUCCUUCAAACAACUAUUUUUAACCCCUCUAUUUUUUCCAAAGGCCUCAACAUAAGACUUCUUGCUCCAAAGCUUGUGGCACUACAUUCCCCUCAGGUACUCACAGGUAGUCUGAGGUAUUUUAGCUGCCUCCAGGACCGUGUUGUGCCCACCCUUCAUACCCACACAGCCCUCCAGCUGCCACAGACCAAGCUCCAGAGCCAGGGCAGUGCUUCCAAACCCGACUGUGCUGUGCCACGUGGGGACACGCACUCAGUGACCUCAGCUCCACUACAUCCUCUCACAACACGUACGUGGUUUUUCUAUUGUGCAAGUGUCUGCCCUGUCAGGAUUAUUCUGCUUCCUCAUGUAAUCCAAGGCUUGCUGCAACGAAUACAGACUUUCUUCAUGUUCCCAGGGAGCCAGUUUCUGCAUUACCCAAAUCCUCCUCAUCUCCCCACCAUAUUUUUGCUGCUGCAGCGACAACAAUUCAAGGUUUCCCCUGGACACUGCUAUUUUUCACUCAGCAUCUCUGUUCCCUCUCACAGCAAAUGUUAAUCCAGCCCAGGGAAGCAGCUCCAUCUGUGCUGGCACUGCCACAACCAGCACUUUGAACCGAAGUUCCAGUGAAGACAAAGUCCCUGGAGCUUCAUUAGCCCCAAACUGAGCCGCUUCCAGCUGUGGCUGGGAUGGGUCUCACCACGCUGGAGCAUCUACACAUUCAUGUGUUUAUGGAAUGCCAAAACUCCCGCUGGAGGGUUUCACUGGAAUUACCCGUGGUGGAUCCUGCAGGAAGUCAGCAGCACGGAUGAAUCAUUUGUUGAGUUAACAGUGAACCGUUGCCCCAGUGCUGUUUUACAGUGACAAGUUUCCGGUACUAAGUGACUUUUAGUAAGCCCAAGAUGUUUACUUUUUGCAGCUCUCAGAGCCCCCAUGACACACUUGAAACUAGACUGACAUUUCCAUCUGAGUCAAACAUUAAGCAGGGUAUCAAUCUAUCCUCGAGUGAGAAAUGUGUUGAGUUUGUAUUUUCUUGAAAAUCUGCACUAGAGUAUUGAGUAUACAGUCAUGUUUAGAAUAUCCUUUGUUCUGUCUGGCAGAGGACUCCUUUUCCUCUGUCAAAUAAAGCUCAGGAAAUCCACAGCAACGAUCUACAGGAACUGGGUGGAUAUUUGAAUCUCUGCAGAGUAAAUAGAGAAGAGGAACAAGAACCCCAACAAUUUAAUAAAAUUACAUACUUUAAUUGUUUAAAGCUCCUCAUAAGAACAUUAAAUAAAACAAAAGCAGGAGACUUAAUGAUAUUUUCUAUGUAAGCUGUACAUAUGAGUUAAGUCAGUGUCCACCAGUACCUGAGGUACAUCAGCUCCACAACAUGACUUCUGAACUCCAUAAAUAAAAGCACCUCCAGGCACAACUCCCAAGUCACACCCUGUGUGUUUUCUGUCUCAACAGCUCCCCAUUCAAACUCCACCAGCCCUGAGUCACAGAACCCUGCAGGACCCUUCAACCCAUUCAAAUCAAUACGCCUGGUUCACAUCCUAUCAGCAGGGAAAACAUUGCCACCCUCAACCUCCUCCCUGCAGGGCAGCACAGGAGUUUCUGCGGCAGGAACAGCUCUCCUGGGCCACAGGAAGACCCCUUGGACAGGCCCUGUUUGCUCUCAGGAGCUGUGCUAGACAAGAGAAUAAGUCUGGGGUUAUUUUUUCUGAACAUUUCCUCUAAGAGUGCAAUAUAAAGUCACUCACCUGGCUCUGAGUCACACCUUAUCAAGGUGAGCAGUGCCUCCACUCCCUGCCCUGUCUGGGCCACCCAGUUUUCAAAUUCAGCUUCAGCAAACACAACAGUCAGAGAAAUACAAGCAAGUCCUCCCACAAGGCACAGACACCCUUCCUGCCAGGGCUGGUGUCUGAGUGUCCCAUCACAUGAGCUGUGUCCCAACACAGCCCCGGGGUGUUCCCUCUGCUCUGCAGACAGAGACACCACCACUGAGCAACACCAAGCUCACAGUCCCUUUUCCCCAGUGCCUGCACAGCAUUUCCUUGACCCUUUCCCCCAACACCCUGCAGGACCAGAGCUGGCAGCUCGCCAGACACAGCCCCAGCCCCUCCUGCACCCCAGUAAGAUGGGCACCCAACAGCCAGACACCUCUGCAGCCAGGGCUGCUACCUGUGCGAGGGCCACAAGGAAAGCAUCCCUUCCCAGGGCUGUCUGCCCACUUGCCAGUUCUGCUCAGCCCUGGGAGGAUCCAGUUCAGCUCCUGGCACCAAGGCCAGGAGUGCAAAGUGCUGCCAAGACUGCCCCAAAGAGCUCAGCAAACCCCUGCACCACUGUCUGUGUGACAGCUCAGUCACACCUGAAUAUACUUCUGGCUUAAAUGCCAUAAAAUCAGGUACACUGAAUUCAGGUAACGUCACCCAGCUGAGCCAGAGGGUCAGCAAUCUGGCAGGACAAUUUUUGCCAUAAAUGAGACUCAAAAUACAAACUUUUAACUAUGCUGCCACAAUAAUGUUUCUUUCCUGUAACACAGACUCCUGUGUCACAACAGUUCUGCCUGCAGACAGAGGAAACUUGGGUCCAUAUUUCACAGAAUCCUGCUGGAUGUGAAGGUGUGUCAGAGCAGGGAACAGUCUGAGGCUGAGAGCUGCUUUUUGUACUCAGGAAUAGUAUAAAGCAUCUUCCUGUUUCUCACCUAUUCUUUACAGUCUCGUAGCUGUUCCUGCAAAGGAAAAUUUGUCAGUUCGUGGGAACUGAAAUGGAAGCCCUUAUUUUUUGAGACCGAGCUGAUAACCCACCUCUUCUGCUCCGCUUACACAACAGUACGAGAGGCCUUUCACUGUUAUUGUGGUUUCCACACACGAGAUCCAGAGAGGGGCUUCCAAACCCGCCCAGCUCUGAGCAGCAUCUAAAGGGUCAGGCAGGUCCCUGCAGUGUCCAAGCGCCCUGGUGAGCUGGGAAUCCCCUUUUCCCGGCCAGGGGCCGAGGGGAAGCGCUGGGUUCCCAAUUCUGCCUCUUUUCUCAAGCCUUCACAAGCCGAUGCCCCGCGAGUGCUGCAGGUUUCCCUGGAGAGGGCAGCCGAGCAUCGCUGACCGCCCGAGCUCCGGCUGCCGGGAACCCCCCUGGGCCACAAAUAACGGCAGAGGGGAAAGAGGCAAAGCAGGAUUCGGAGAGCACGAGGUGUAACUGCUGUUCAAAACCAUCCCAGAAUGGGGGAACUGGGAUCCAAGCAGGAGGGAAGGCUGAGCUCCCACUUGGAGGAGGCGGGUUGCUGGUGCUGGGAUGGGGCUGUGGGAUGGCUCUGUAGGGUGGCAGAGCAGGGUAAGGUGCAUCCAGGGGCCAAGGAUCACGUCUUUGCUUCACACCCAGCACUGUGUGCACUCCCCACUGCAGCUUGGAUGGUCUGUACACAACCAUAUGUGGCCAGUUCCUCUGGGAUUUGGGGCAAACUUGCCUCUACCCACCAACACAGCGACACUGUCCCCCAGCAGCUGUCCCUGCUUUCCAGCAGCACCAGCACAACCUGCCCACACCCAGCUCCAGGCAGCUGCUGCCCAGCCAAGGGGGGGGAAGUGGUUAUGGGAGGAAGGAUGGCUAAGAGGAGGUAGAGCAGUGACUGCAGGCUCAGCAGCCCCUGGGUCUGUCCUCACCACAGGAUUGUACCACUGAAGACCUUCCCUUCCUCUUGCAAGAGAGAAAAUCACCUCAUUCCUCUGGCAUUAGCUGAGCGAGUGCACAAAGCAGGGCCUUCCCCACUUUGGGGGGCACAGAGGGGUGAGGUUUGUGCUGCUAAUGGGGCUGAAAGACAGUAGAUUUCUGAGCUUGCCCUUAAACCUGCCCUGAAACAGCCAGGUAUAUGCAGACUUUUCCAUGUCUGCCUCCUAGGCCUUUUCCUCUCCCUCCUCUCCCACUUCUCCAGAGAAAUCAGAAGAGCCCCUUGACUGUCCCUUGCCUCAAACGCUGCAGGUACAUGGAAGAAUCAGAUGGAGUGAGAGAAUUAUUUCAGCAAGCCAGGAGCGCUCGAGCGGUUGUGAGAUGUGGCAGUAGCAGGCAGAAGAACACAACACCCAAGAGGGGAAGUGGGGAAGGAAAGAAAACCCGACACACAUUCACAGAAAGAGCAAGAAAGCGGAGGGAGGACUCGCACUGAUGGUUUUCCAGCCCGGGGGAAUAAACCAGAGUGGUAGAAGAAAGCCAGCUGAAAGCAGAAGUGCGUGAGAGGAGAGGGAAGCAGCCGCCGCUCGCAGCUGCACGGGCUGCCCUGGGAGCCAGAGGGAUGGGAAGCCCCCGAGCAGCCGCGGGGAGAGCAUCUGAGGAAGAGCAGAAGGAAGCAGAAAGGCUCUCUGUGAGCUCCUAGAUCCAGUUAUCAACCAUGGAUAUCUGUAAGAAACCUGAAAACGCCUCCAAGUGCAGUGGGAGCACCAUGGAGUGCUUCAUGGUGCUCAGCACACAGGCACAGAAGAUAAGCAUUGCCACCCUGUGCUGCCUCUUUGGGACACUGUGUGUUUUCGAGAACUCCUUGGUGCUCUACUUGAUCUUCUCUUCCCCCAGGACCAGGAAAAAGCCUUCCUACAUCUUCAUCAGCAGCCUGGCCCUCGCUGACAUCCUGGCCAGCAUCAUCUUUGUCUGCAGCUUCGUGAACUUCCACGUGUUCAACGGAACUGGUUUUUCCAAGGAGGCGUUCCUGCUGCAGCUGGGAGGGGUGAACACCUCCUUCUCCGCCUCCCUCAGCAGCCUGCUGCUCACAGCCCUGGACCGCUACGUCUCCAUCAGCCGGCCCUCCGAGUACAAGCUCCUGAUGACGAGGAGAAGAGCCUGGAUAGCCCUGGGAGUGCUCUGGGCCACCUGCGCCGCCGUGGCUUCCCUGCCCCUCCUGGGCUGGAACUGCUGCACGCUGGACUCCUCCUGCUCCGAGCUGUUCCCCUUCGUGGACGACAACUACCUGUCGGGCUGGGUGUGCCUCACCCUGCUCCUGCUGGGCUGCAUCGUCUACGCCUACGCCCACGUGCUGUGGAGGGCCCGCCAGCACGUGGCCUACAUGGAGCAGCACCAGGCACAGGCCGGGAAGCAGAACACCCGCAUGAGGAUGGACGUGAGGCUGGCCAAGACCCUGGUCAUGGUGCUGGCUGUCCUCGUGCUCUGCUGGUCCCCCGUCCUCGGGCUCAUGAUCUACAGCAUCUUCUCCAGGCUGAGCGACCGCCUGCGCAAGGUGUUCGCCUUCUGCAGCACCCUCUGCCUGCUCAACUCCAUGGUGAACCCCAUCAUUUACGCCCUGCGGAGCAAGGAGCUGAAUUCCUCCCUGAGGAGGGUGUUUUCUCACUUCAGGAGGCAGCUGAAGGCCCCUGAGGAGAGCCCGGAGGUUGAGAGCACCCACAGGUCCUCCGUGGUAGAGACCAUCUGCGAGGACGCGCACGUGACGUAGGGAGGCAUCCGUGGGAGACCCGUGAACUCAGGCUGGCAGAAACAGUCUGGAUCACUUUCCCGUUUCUUUUCUCUUCUGGUGGAGGACCUGGGAGAUGAGGAUCAGCUGCCUGCCAUGGAGACAGCUCCUGCUGAUAUUGUCCUUCAGUGCUGGGACAUGAAGCGCAUGGACUUUGCCCUCAGGCACAUGGUGGGAUUGCUGGGGUGUCCUGUGCAGGAGCUGGACUUGAUGAUCCUUGUUGAUCCCUUCCAACCCAGAAUAUUCUGUGAUUCUGUGAUUCUACCACCUCCUGCCGGGGGAGGUUCAGGUUGGACAUCAGGAGGAAUUUCUUCACUGGAAGGGUUAAACAGUGGAAGGGGCUGCCCAUCCCUGGACGUGGCACUCAGUGCUCUGGGCUGGGUGACAAGGUGGGGAUUGGUCAAAGAUUGGACUCGGUGAUCUUGGAAGUCUUUUCCCAUCUAAAUAAUUCCGUGAUUCUAUAACUUACACAGGCAGCCAGUCCCCAGGUUGCAGAGUUACCAGUGCCAGCCACGACACAGUGGAUAAAACCACAUCCCAGAACAGCAGAUCCUAAUAUUUUAUGACAAUUCCCCCUGCCUGUCCACCAAUAACCCCCAAUGUGUUUUUAUCACAUUCAGUGGUGUCUUCCUUACACUCCUUAACACAGAGGUAACAUCAAGUAAAACCCUCCACAGACCUUCAAGUCCUCCAGAAAUCCCCAGGGAUCACAUAAUCUCCCUAAAUCACUUCACUGGGUACAGGCAGAGCUGUGCCAGCACCAUCAGCAGAGUGCUGAGAGCACAUGAGGCAGAGGUGCAUCUAUUUAUACCAGACUCUGGGGGUUGUGUAUGUGCAGCACAGUGACAAAAAAAGUCCUCAUGUCCUGGCAAAGGUGAACAACAGAGACAACACAAAGUCAUGAUGAGCUCCCACUGGCAGGGAAUGCCUGGCUGGAUCCCACAGGAGCAGGAUGGCAGCAUCUUGGCUCUUCCUAGGAAAGGUGCAGAUGGUUCCUCUGGACUUGCAGACAGUCUUGGCCAAUUGUGUCUCACAGCAUUUGGGACCAUGUUGGUUUUAGCAUCCAAUCAUGAAAAACUGGAAUGUUCUCACUGUGGUUUAUGGACUCAGCCAUAGCUGGGGCAGACAGGACCCUGCAGGUACCACGUUUCCUCCAGCAAAUUCCAGGAGAGCUGACCUAACCACGCAGUGUUUGGUGGAUGUUACAUGAUUAAACAUUACAGCCACUUCUCA